CAUCCAUUAACAAUGGAGCAACCACUUGAAAUUCUGUUCAAUGGAGAAAUUACAGAACCAAAAUGAACUUGUGGCAAUGAAAAUGCAGUCAUAAACAAAUUGAAAGGAUGUUCAGAAUUGCCGGCAGUCAGAGGAAACUAUGUUACUAUUAUUAUUAUUACUCUUCUUGUUCCUUAUUUUCACCGUGGCGUCAAAAUCUCAGGGCUACAUUAAGCACAGGGGCACAUCUCUCAUUAUCUCCAACACAAUCCCAUUAUUCACUAGAUUAUCACAGGCUCGUAUGCAUUCUUGAAGCAUGUCAAAUGUCACCAAAUUUGAGAACUACAGCUGCUACACAUGCUAAUAUCAUUAAACUUGGUUAUGGAAUGUAUCCUUCUCUUAUUUCUUUGAUGGUAGUGUCAUAUGUGUCUUGUGAUAGACUCAAUCUUGCCCGUCAACUGCUUUUUGAAAUUCCUACUGGCUAUCUUGAUGCGCUCUCUGCUAAUUUAAUGAUUGCUAGCUUUAUGAAGACGGGGGCAGUUGAUGUUGCCAAGAAGAUAUUUAACGAAGUUCCCCUCCGGGAUUUGGUUACUUGGAACUCACUGAUUGGAGGUUAUGUCAAAAACGACAUGUUUAAAGAGGCACUCGGUGUCUUCAGAAAGAUGCUGAGGUCUAAUGUCGAACCAGAUGGAUAUACUUUUGCAUCUAUCAUUACCGCAUGUGCUAGACUUGGAGCCAUUGAUCACGCUAAGUGGGUGCAUCACUUAAUGAUUGAGAGAAGGAUUGAGCUAAAUUACAUUCUUUCUUCUGCUUUGAUUGAUAUGUACUCCAAAUGUGGAAGAAUUGAGAUAGCUAGAGGAAUAUUUGAUAGUGUUGAGCGUACAAAUGUCUCUGUCUGGAAUGCUAUGAUUAAUGGAUUAGCAAUCCAUGGUCUUGCUUUAGAUGCAAUUGAGAUUUUCUCACUGAUGAGGCCAGAAAAUGUUUCACCUGACAGUAUUACUUUCAUUGGACUUCUAACAUCAUGUACUCAUUGUGGGUUGGUUGAAGAGGGUCAAAAGUAUUUUCAACUAAUGAAAAGUCUGUAUUUGAUUCAACCACAACUUGAGCAUUAUGGAACAAUGGUUGAUCUACUUAGCAGGGCUGGACUGCUCGAUGAAGCUUAUAAAGUGAUCAAGGAAAUGCCAAUAGAGCCUGAUGCAGUCAUAUGGAGGACAUUUCUCAGUGCUUGUAGAAUUCACAAAAAUUCUGAGAUGGGUGAAGUUGCUAGCACAAAAAUAUCUCAUCUUAGUAGCGGAGAUUAUGUCUUACUGUCAAACAUUUAUUGCUCUACGAAUAAAUGGGAUAAUGCCGAGAAAGUUAGACGUGUGAUGAAAUGGAAAGGAGUUCGUAAAAAUAGUGGGAAAAGUUGGGUUGAAGUGGGUAAUGUUGUUCGCCAGUUCAAGGCUGGUGACCGAUCACACCCUGAAGCUGAACUAAUAUAUAAAACUUUGAAGGAAUUGAUUCGUCGAACCAAUUUGGAAGGAUUUAGUUCCACAACUGAGUUAGUUUUGAUGGAUAUUUCUGAUGAGGAAAAGGAGGAAAAUUUGAGUUACCACAGUGAAAAAUUGGCAUUAGCCUAUGGGAUCUUAAAAUCUAGUCCCGGAACUCGUAUUCAAGUUUCAAAAAAUCUUCGUACUUGUCCAGAUUGCCAUUCUUGGAUGAAAAUUGUAGCGAAGGUGUUGAAUAGGGAGAUCAUUGUGAGGGACAGGAUCCGCUUUCAUCACUUUGCAGAUGGUUAUUGUAGUUGUGGGGAUUACUGGUAGUGAUUCUUUGAAGUUCCAAUUGAGUUUGGUUAUUGAUGCUUAAGUAGAUAACUUACAGUAGAUGUCUUAUGUCUCAAAGCUUCUUGUGGCUCUUGUCUUGCCUGUUUCUAGCAUCCUAUCUGCUGUCUGCACUCUUUGUACAAGCACACCACUUAGAUGAUGACCUCCUCGAGUAGUAAUGAGUAAAGUGCAUCUGGUUAAAAUCAGUGCCAAAAAGGUUUAUUUCCAUAUGAUGCAACUCCAAGCUUUGAGAUAAGACAUCCCUGUCUACAGAAGAACUCUCUGGAUAUUACAUCCAGGCUUCUCCAAUAAAAGGUGGUUCUGCGUUGCUGGACUUGGACAUAUUACAAGCAACUCAUCUAUGGAAAUGUCAUUAUAUAGUAGUGUAUCUUGCUUCAAAAGAAAAGCAAAAGGAAAUAGUGAUGCAUUUAACCGCUACAAAACGUAAAAAGGAUUUGAUUGAACUCUUUUUCACUUGUUGCAGAGUCAAGAUGGAGCGCCAUCCAGUUUGUCAUAUCCAAGUGAUAGAUGGAGAUGAGGUGGAUUCAUUAAAAGAACGCCAACCAAACUCGCUGAUCAGGUCUUCCGUGCAUGGUGGAGUUUGUUACUGAUGUUUUCCUGUGACUUUGGAAAAGAGAAAAAGUAGAAGGAAAAAAGUGCUACUAUUAUUUUAAAUGCUGUACCUUGCACACAGUUUGUCUAGAGCGAAGACUAUAAAACCUGAGGAAUCAAAGAAAGACUUGACUGUAAGAAAUUGACUGGUUCAAAAGUCAUUUUCACUGACCAUGAAGCAGCAGACCAUGUGGAAUUAGAAGGAAAAAAAGAGAAGCAAGUCAUACGUUUGAACUCUUCAAGACCUCCUAAUUUGUUUUGAAUAUGCCUGCCACCAAAAACUACAGCAAUGGGACAUCCUUGUUUGUCCACACCUUGCAUGAACAUCUUGUUCUGUGCUAUCUCGUUUGGUAUCUCACACACUGAAAUGGAUCCUUUUGGUACAAAGCUUUGCCUCCAUUUAUGGUAUUUCAAGAACAUUGCUGCAGCUUUCUCUAUGUCCAGAUCCCGAGCUCGAAGAAACCUUCUCAAGGCAUAAUCAUCUACUACCUGCAAACAGGACACAUGGAAAUCAUUUUAGUUUUGAUAAAUAGAUUGUUUUCAUAGUUAAGAGAGUGAGAGAGAUGAUGCAAUGCUGCAAAAAAUUUUAUUAUACCUUGGAAGAAGGAUCUUGCUUUUCAACAAGAGCUCUCAUGAGUUCAAUUUUGUUCA